GCUAAAUGUUCCGGAAGUGACGUAUGCGUAGACUGUUUGUUCUUUGUUCCGCUUUGGAGGCUUGUAGGUAUUUAGAUGACGUUACCGAGUGUUACCGUUUACUACUCGAAGAUAGCAAAGUGAAUGGAAAUCAUCUUGGUCCAAGAUUAAAAAACUGCACUGUAGACAGUUUUUUUUGCAGGAUUAACAAAAAAAAAAAAUUUGAGGGGGGGGGGGGGAUGUUGAUAGUUAAUUUUAAAUAGUAACAAUAACAGAUUAAAAACGUGAAUAAAUCUUUAUAUUGUCAAGAGUCCUCUAAUGUUUGCUGCAUUAACGUUGACAGUUCCCCCCCCCCAAAUUAUUAUUUAAUAUUUCAUGUUUUAUUUGUGUAUAUUCUAUUCACAAAUAAAAGAUAUAUGAGAAGACGAAGAAAUUGAAUUAAAUUAUGAUUUAAUAUUUCAUGUUUUAUUUAUAUGUGUAUAUUUUAUUCACAAAUAAAAGAUAUAUGAGAAGACGAAGAAAUUGAAUAUUUUUGGUGCUAAUUAAAUUUUAUAGUAAUAAUAAUCUAUUUACAUGUUUUCACCCACAACCUCUUACUACAAAUAAAAAAAAUGAUUAUUCACAAAUAAAAGAUAUAUGAGAAGAUGAAGAAAUUGAAUAUUUUUGGUGCUAAUUAAAUUUUAUAGUAAUAAUAAUCUAUUUACAUGUUUUCACCCACAACCUCUUACUACAAAUAAAAAAAAUGAGAUGUGGGCCAUUGAGGGAAAAAAAAAAUCGUUCCUGUUCCUGCACAGAUGUCUGCCAUCGGUAUAAUUAGACAGGAAGUGUGUAUAUAAGAGCACUUGCCAAGUGCCUUGGCUUAUUCAGCCAUGCUUCUCCAUCUCUUAGGUGUGACACUAUUGGCUGUUUUUGCAACAGCUGAAAACGAAGGUAUUGCACACACAUGCUUUGUUAAUACUCUCCAGGUUUUUCACAUGAGACUCCUUUCUUUACAGAUAUCCUAAUAGAAUGUAAGCCAGACUCUGUAAACGUCACAUGGAUCAUCAGCGAGGAGCUGGUGCCGUACUCGACGUAUCUUUUCCUCGGAAACUGCAUACGGUCAGACGUGACUCCUUUGGCAACGGGAGACUGGGCACUACAUUUUCACUACAAAUUCAGAGACUGUAAAUUUAAGAAAAAGAUAAAGGGGAAACAUCUGAUCUAUCAAAAUGUGAUGACCUACAAGCCUGGAGCAAAGUCCCAGCCACCACUAUAUGAGUAUUUCUUUGAAUGUGUCCAGAGAAGGCCAAAAGGGUGGAUUCCUCCCUUCCUGAACCCAGGUGCCAGUGUUUCUGUCGGGCGUGGUGGCCUCGUCUUCCGUAUGGCCCUCCUAAAUGAACAAAUGACAGGCAUAGCAAAAUCGAAUGUAAUCCCGCUGGGCUCGCUCAUUCCCAUCUGGGCGGCUGUGGAGCAGAAAGCCCAUCAGCCGUUGCGGCUCUUCAUGGAGGAAUGUGUCGCAGCCCCCACUGCGGAGCCGGAGCCACAUCAGCAGGUUCAUCCCAUCAUUGUCAACAAAGGAUGUCUGAUCGAGAGCAACUCGGCGUUUGUGCCUCGAUACCAUACAUCUGCGCUUGUUCUUUCCUUGCAGUCAUCCAUGUUGGGUACUGGAAAGCUGUACAUUCACUGUAAACUCGUUGCGUGGGAUCCUGAAGUUCUUGACGAAAGCAAGAAAGCCUGUCAAUAUUCCGAACAGGAUGGAGGCUUGGCAGUCAUGAUGGCUUCCAUUUGGCAUAGUGCAUUGCUUUUCAGCCUAGCUGCUGUCGUUGCAGUAUUUGCAGAUGUCAAGCUGGACUGCAGGCCUGAUUUUGUGACGCUGGUGUGGAAGGAAAGCAGACACCAUGCCGACGCGUCGCUUUUUCGUUUGGGAACGUGCGCUCCCGUCAGCGCAUCUGCUCGGGAGGCAACUUUCCGAGUGGACUAUACAGAUUGUAACUUCAGGACAAUGGUGACUGGGGACAAGGUAGUGCACACCAACGACCUGAUUUAUUUGGCGCCUGACUCUGGAGAGCAAACUCUCACCCAUCCUGUUAUUUGCGUAUUUGACAGGCCGAAAGAAUGGGCCCCGACCAGUUACGAUCCAGUCUUCUCGACCUAUGGCCAGUCGGGUCUAGUCUUCCAUAUGGGCCUUAUGAACGAGGACUUCACCGGCCCGGCUGCAGCAACUCGUUUUGCGCUCGGCUCGUUCAUCCCAAUGGUGGCUCGUGUGGAGGAGAAAAUGCAUCAGCCGUUGCUCCUGCUUAUUGAAGAGUGCAUCGCGACAACUACGCCAGAGCGCCAGUCCGACUAUUAUUACAACAUUAUCGGCAAUAAGGGCUGUCUUCUGGAUAGUAAGAUGUCACAGUCCAGAUAUGAACAAAGGCUGAUUUCAUCAGAAGUCAGACUUUCUCUUCAAGCGUUUAGAUUUGCUGUUGAAGAGGAGGUGUUUAUUCACUGUAAACUUGUAGCUUGGGAUCCAUCUGGUAUUGGUCAAACAAAGAAGGCGUGCAACUUUGUCAAAGGGCAUGGGUGGGAGUUGGUGGACAACCUUGCACAUAGCAAGUUGUGUGACUGCUGCGAAACAAGUUGCAAGUCCAGGUGGUCAAGGAGUGUCGCUUCAGGGAAACAUGGAAUGGUCCAGAAUGCAGUCCUUGGACCCGUGACCAGUCCUGUGUCGAAUGACCUUGCGUAACCUUUAUUAACAGGAAUGGACCUCAGUGGAAAAAUGUUUUAUUUUCACAAGCGCUUUA